AUAUCCGCCGGAAAAUUCGUAAAUUUGACCCUUCGUCUUCGGAAAUGGCGGCUAUUUCUCCGGCGAAUGCAACCACCGCUGCUUCACUCUCCCUGCCUCAAUUUAGCUCUACUUCAUCCUCGCUGUCUUCUUCUUCGUCUCCAUCUUUUCUUAAUUUCAAAACUGCCACAGUCAGUAAUCGCUGCGUGAAGUGCGGAGUCAGAAGCUUAGAGAACCCGUCGGGUCAUCGGAGCCUCGAUUUUUUGUCCAAUGGAGAUCCAAUCAGCCUAAUUAAUCCGAAUUCAUCGUCUCCUAUAACCAUGGCUGCGUCGGCAUCGGAAUCCGGUCCGAAGUCCUCUAAGCGCGUCUGUCUCUUCCACAGCGACGAGACUAGAGAUCUCGCCGAGAGAAUCGUCGCAAAAUCUGAUUGCAUUGAGCUACGAAGCAUCAAUUGGAAGAAAUUUGACGAUGGAUUCCCUAAUUUGUUCAUACAAAAUGCUCAAGGCAUUCGUGGGCAGCACGUUGCUUUCUUGGCUUCAUUCAGUUCACCCGCUGUGAUCUUCGAGCAGCUCUCGGUUAUUUAUGCUCUGCCCAAGCUUUUCGUUUCUUCAUUUACACUUGUUCUUCCGUUCUUCCCUACUGGAACUUCUGAGAGAAUGGAAGACGAAGGAGAUGUGGCCACUGCUUUCACUCUCGCUAGGAUACUCUCAAAUAUACCGACUUCGAGAGGAGGACCGACUAGCUUAGUGACCUUCGAUAUACAUGCCUUGCAGGAAAGAUUCUACUUUGGUGAUACUAUACUUCCAUGCUUUGAAAGUGGUAUACCAUUGCUCAAGAGCAGACUCCAGAGUCUACCUGAUUCUGAAAAUAUAUCUAUUGCAUUCCCAGAUGAUGGAGCAUGGAAGCGUUUCCACAAACAACUCCAACAUUAUCCAACGAUUGUUUGCAACAAAGUAAGAAUGGGAGACAAACGAAUAGUGCGUAUCAAAGAAGGAGACGCCGAAGGAAGGCAUGUUGUGAUUGUUGAUGAUUUGGUUCAGUCGGGUGGCACACUAAUCGAAUGCCAGAAAGUCUUAGCUGCACAUGGAGCAGCGAAAAUAAGCGCAUAUGUAACACACGGGAUCUUCCCCAAGAGUUCAUGGAAACGUUUCAAGCUUGACACCAAAGGUGAUCCCGCGGAAGGUCUGAGCUAUUUCUGGAUCACAGACUCGUGUGGAAUGACUGUGAAAGAGGUGAUGAAUAAACCUCCUUUUGAAGUUCUUAGCCUGGCUGGCUCCAUAGCUUCUGCUCUUCAAGUUUAAGCUUCUGUGAUUCGAUUAGAAAUCCAGCCGCAAGUAAUUUUUAGGUUUGAACAAAUCUUAUUUAUGAACUUUGGUGUAUAGUCCUCGAUCGAAGCAUUUUCCAUUGAAGAGGUUGUUUGUUAUUAAUGUUAUUUAGGAAAAUCCAAUAAUGUAAUAAUGUUUCU